GGAUGGAUCUUGUAACACAAACUACUCUUUCUUCUGUCACAAACGAGCUUGCCCGCCAGGCUACUACGCUUACGAAUUUGACUGCUUCAGAAUUAUUCCUGUUCCAGUACUGUACGAAAAGGCUAGUGAGUUUUGUGGUGUUGAUGGUGCUGUUGUAGCCAGAGUUCGAAAUAGCAAUACGCAAGAGUUUCUGGAAUUGCUGGCAAAUGCAGCAGGAAUCCAGGAUGAAGAGUUUUGGAUUGAUCCAAACUCUGACAUUAACUCAAAUGUCAACUUGUUAGGAACUGUAACUGAAGGUUGCAUUGCAUUACAACUCUCUAACUCCAUCACAUUACAGAUAGCCUGCUCCUUGGAAAAAUAUUUCAUCUGUCAAAUAGAGUUUGAAGAUGAAGAAUUCACCAAAUGCUCGGACCGAAUAGAGGACUGCUUUAUGCCGAGAUACGAUAACGUUACAUUUCAGCACGAAUAUUUACGUUAAAAACGUUACUAAAUUUUAACAC